AUGUUCAUCCGAAAAGGCCACAUGUCAUCGAACUUGUUCCUUUUCCUCCUGGUAAGUAUCAACUUCCCGAAUUCGAUAUUGGGUGUGGAGAAAAUUCAUGAAACCCACCGUGGAGGCAUAAUUGCCACGAAAACAAGCGAAAGUGCUAUCAGACCUGUUCAAACCUGUCCAGUCUCCUUGAUCCUUCUUCCGAAAGGCAAACCAAGAUCCAUUCCACAGAUCCAACACCACUUCAAUCGUGAAACCCAAUCCGAUGGAUUUGAGAGAACCAAGAGGCAGCGAGCCGUGAGAAACGCAUUCCAACAUAGCUGGAAUGGGUAUAAAACCUACGCCUGGCUGCGAGAUGAAUUAAAACCAGCCAGUGGCGGCUAUAAAAGCUCCCUUGGGGGGUGGGCAGUUACUUUGAUUGACUCCCUUGAUACACUACUCAUCAUGGAUUUGGAUAAGGAGUUUGAAGCCGCACUUGAGGCAGUUCAUUAUAUCGACUUUUCCACUCCCAAACUAGCAACUGUUCAUAUCUUUGAGACGACAAUCCGGCAUCUGGGAGGCUUGAUUAGUGCAUAUGACCUGACCGAGGUAGACUCUUCAACAUUACCCAGUGAAAAUACGCUACUUGCUGAGAUAGGCUCACUGAGCCUAGAGUUCACUCGGCUUUCUCAAAUUACAGGAGAUCCCAAAUAUUUUGAUGCUGUUCAACGAAUCACAGACAACCUACAUCACGCACAAAAUCAGACUAGGCUACCCGGUCUGUGGCCGCUCUCAUUUGACGCCCGUUCAUUACGCUUCUCAGACGACCACUUCACAGUAGGUGGUAUGGCUGACUCUACUUACGAGUACCUCGUCAAAGAGUAUCUACUCCUUGGAGCGCAAUCAGACCAAUAUCGUGAAAUGUAUAUCUCCGCGAUAGAAGGGAUGAAGAAACACCUACUGUUCCAUGGCAUGACGAAAGGGAAAGAGGAUAUAUUGUUCGCUGGAAAUAUCGAAUUUGAUUCAGAGGGUCGAGAAGUUUUUGAGUAUCAAACUGAACAUCUGAAGUGCUUCCUCGGGGGUAUGGUAGCGCUUGGCUCCCGGGCAUUUGGACGCUCAGAUGACUUGCCCAUUGCACAUAAAUUGGUGAAUGGGUGUGUCUGGGCAUAUGAUCUCAUGCCGACCGGAAUUAUGCCGGAGACCUUAUACAUCAGUGGCUGUAGGAAUUCCGACCGUUGUGCAUGGAAGGAAGAAAAGUGGUUUCGUGAUAUUUUUGGAUGGCCAGAGGGAGCACAACUGCCUACAAAUUUACGUGAGGCAACACGACUUAUUAUUCAACAUCAUAGCCUACAGCCGCCAAUACUGGAAGUCGCCAAUCCAAAAUACCGUCUGAGGUAA